UUUAAAAUGUUUGCUUGUUUUCAGAAGUUCUGGCUUAUUGAUACUGCUGGAAUCAGAAGAAGGGCAGCUGUAGCUUCGUUAGGCGGUAUGACAGAGACUUUAUCAAUGAAUCGAGCAUUUCGUGCAAUCCGUCAUUCUGAUGUCGCUCUUGUCAUUGAAGCCGUGGUUUGUAUCACAGAACAGGUGUCGAGUUACGAAGUGAUUUUCAGGAAGAAGCGCAGCGAGGUUUUGAAGUACGCAAGGGAUCAUGGCCAAUCUUCUUUCUUGGUUGGUCCAUUACUCCUCUCAUUCUAAAGGUAUAUAUACAUGAUUUAGGUCAUCACCAGGCUAAUAAAAAACAUGGGCAUGCAUGCAGAGCCAAAAGCUAGCUUUGUCUAGUUGGCAAAUUAAGAGUAAAGAGAGAGCAUGGAAAAAAAGUGUUAGCUACCUUUU